AUGUCUCCUCGCGCAGUGCACUUCAUCCGUCAUGCCGAAGGCUACCACAAUUCGGAACACAAUGAGAACAUCCCCGACCCAGACCUCACCCCAAAGGGCAAAGAACAAUGCAAAAAGCUUUCAGAAACAUUCCCUUACUUUGAUCGCAUCGACCUAGUUUGCGCGAGUCCUAUUCGCCGCGCUAUCCAAACCGCACUUAUCAGCAUGGACCCUUGGUUGCAGUCUGGAAAACGCAAUAUUCUAGCUCUACCCUUAGCCCAAGAAGCCACGGACCUGCCUGCGAAUACACCAAGCGAUGUGCAGCGCCUUCAGAAAGAAUUCGGCGAUGUGUGCAAUUUUCACAGGUGUUUAGACAUCUACACCGAUUUUAACACGAAGAAGGGGAAGUGGGCGUCAGACGGUGACUCGUUAAAAGCACGCGCGCUUGAACUUCGCCGCUUCCUACGCGACUGCGAUGAGCAGGAAAUUGUCGUUGUAUCGCACGGUGAUUUCCUACAUUAUGUUUCCGGGGAUCUGGAUGAGAAUGAUUGUCAGACUCAUGGAGAUUGGCAGAACACGGAGACGAGGAGUUACCGAUUCUACCCGGUCGGUCACGAGGAUGCGUUAUUGCAGGAGACGGAGGAGAGUCAUAUUUUUGAUUUCCACAUGUUCCCCAACAUCGCCGACAUCCUCGAAUCCGCUCCCACUACAACCCUCACCUCAACACCAAUCACUCCUGCAUCUGAGAUCACUAUGGCGAGUGAUCCAAUAACGCACAUUGUACUCUUCAAAUACCGGCAGGACAUAUCAUGGUCAGAUCUAGAAAGCCAUUUCAAGUCCUUCAUGUCACUACAGCAUAAAUCCCGAAACGCUCAUACUGGUAAACCCCUCAUACAGUCGCUCAAAGCUGGCAAGAACAGAUCAUGGGAGCCUUUCUCGAAGGGGAUGACACAUGGCUUCGUGCUCGAGUUUGCGAACCAAGCGGAUCUGGACUACUACCUCACAACCGAGCCUGUGCACAAGGCCUUCUCCCAGGCUGCGAAACCGCUUAUCGAGGACAGCUUAGUAAUUGAUAUCAAAGAUGGUGUGCUCUUUGGCUCACCGGCUGAACAUCCGUCAGCAAGAGAAAAUGGAGAUGUCAUGCCGGAAAAGAUUAUUGUCCGUACUUUGUUACUGGAAGGUGGUGAGAAUAUGCCAGCAACUGCUGAGAUAUUUGGCGAGGGAAGGUUAGCCUGGGUACAAGAGCUUUCGAAGCAACUAUGA